GGCUUCACGCUGCCGCCGCUCGGAGGCGGUCUGGGCGCUGGGGCUGGCGCUGGUCGAGGUUCAGAAUGGACCCCCCGUGCUGCAGCUGGCAGCGCCGCAGGGACCGCGGACGAUGGGGCCUGCGGCUGCCUGCCCAACCCCGGCACGUUUGAGGAGUGCCACCGGAAGUACAAGGAGCUAUUUCCCGUUCAGACGGAAGGUGUCAAGCUCACAGUCAACAAAGGGUUGAGUAACCAUUUCCAGGUGAACCACACAGUAGCCCUCAGCACAACUGGGGAGUCCAACUACCACUUCGGGGUCACGUACGUGGGAACAAAGCAGCUGAGUCCCACAGAGGCAUUCCCCGUGCUGGUGGGUGACAUGGACAACAGCGGCAGCCUCAACGCUCAGGUCAUUCACCAGCUGGGCCCUGGCCUCCGGUCCAAGAUGGCCAUCCAGACCCAGCAGUCGAAGUUCGUGAACUGGCAGGUGGAGGGGGAGUACCGGGGUUCUGACUUCACAUUUUCCUUAAUUUUAAUAUG